GAGAGAGAGAGAGAGAAGAGAGAGAACAGAAAGAAAGAAAGAAAGAAAGAAAGAAAGAAAGAAAGAAAGAGAGAAAGAGAGAGAGAGAAAGCUGGCCUUCGUCUGAGAGCGUGACCAGUGGAUGAGCCUCGUUCAUGCGUCUCCCUGCGUGCCACUCCCACAUCGCUAUGAACUGUGAGCAGGACUUUGGGGACGGGGGCUUGGGCGUCACCCUCACACUCCGACUACUCAUGCACGGCAAGGAGGUUGGCAGCAUCAUUGGAAAGAAAGGCGAGACGGUGAAGAGAAUACGAGAGGAGAGCAGUGCCCGGGUGAACAUUUCUGAGGGCUCCUGUCCAGAGAGGAUCAUCACCAUCACCGGCUCCACAGACUGUGUCUUCAGGGCCUUCACAAUGAUCACAUACAAACUGGAGGAGGACCUGACCACCCUGGUAGCCAAUGGCACUAUCAGCUCCAAGCCCCCGGUCACCCUGCGCCUGGUCAUUCCUGCCAGCCAGUGUGGCUCUCUCAUUGGCAAGGGAGGGACCAAGAUCAAGGAGAUCAGAGAGAGCACUGGAGCACAGAUACAGGUGGCGGGGGAUUUGCUGCCCAACUCAACUGAGAGAGGGGUGACGAUAUCAGGAAGUCAGGACUCGGUAAUCCAGUGUGUCAAGCUCAUCUGCACAGUAAUCCUUGAGUCUCCCCCAAAGGGUGCCACCAUCCCCUACCGGCCCAACCCCUCCCCUGGAGCACUCCUCAUCUCUGGGAAUCAGGUGUUUGAAGCAGCUGACUUUGCCCCCCAGCCCUUGUACUCUGUCAGUCAGGGGGGUCUGGACCUCCAGCAGGCUUACACUGUACAAAACCAAUAUGGCAUUCCACAUUCAGAGUUGGCCAAGCUUCAUCAGCUGUCGAUGCAACAGAACAUGAGUCCUCUGGCCCAGCCGCCCUCCACUGGCCUACCGGGUAUGUGUGAGUGGAUAGAUGCAAAUGCCCAGACUUCUCAAGAGCUCCUCAUUCCAAAUGAUCUGAUAGGCUCCAUCAUCGGCCGUCAGGGCACCAAGAUCAAUGAGAUCCGGCAGGUGUCUGGGGCUCAGAUCAAGAUUGGCAGUCAGCUGGAUGGAACAAGUGACAGACACGUCACCAUCACUGGCACUCCAAUCAGCAUUAACCUUGCCCAGUACCUCAUCACUUCCUGUUUAGAGACGGCCAAGUCCACAGCCCAGGCGGCCUCUAUGGCUGCCCCGGUUGACCUCAACAUGGCCUUCAGCCAGCCAGUCUCUCCCGCCUCCUCCCCAGCCCCCACCCUGGCAGCCAUGGGCGCCUUGACCCCCACCCAGGUCCUGGGCACACCCUACGGCGCACUGCCCCUCUCUGGCCUGCUGGGGAUGAAGUCUGUCCCCUUCCUGACUCUGUCCGGCCCGGCCCCUGCUGUAGCAGUCACCGCUGCCCCGUCCCACGCCACGCUGGCGGCAUACACCACCAAAAUCUCCUCAGCCAACUGCAUCAAGAAGCCAGAGAGACAGAAGUUUGCUCCCUACUGAUGCUAGCGUCUGUGUAGCCUCAGCCUCUCCACUCGCCUGGAGGGCGACAUGGAGGACAGCUAUUUUGUUUUCUUCCACACGCCUGAUGUAGCCAUACCCUCUGCCAGAGUUUCUCUUGACCUGUACCUGUUUGAUGAAGCACCACAAAGAGACCGAGAGAACAUUUGGACAAUGGCGAUUAAUAUAAGUUCUUCACAUAUAUAGAUGAUUUGUGAGUUUCCCAUGAAUUUGUGGACUGCUGCAGUAUCAGCCGUCACGUCAUCACUGUUCUAUCAUUGAUGAAGGGCAGCCGUCACCUCAUCAUUGUUCUAUCACUGAUGAAGGGCUGGAUUCUCACCUGAGACAUACGCGUGCAAGAUUGGUUUACAAGCGUGCAUCUUGAGUUAGAAAUCGGCUCAAAGUAUCUAUCAUACAAUACGUUUAUAAAUUAUACUCAGAUGACGAAUAUGCUACAGUAUGAUGCUUUUUUACAAUGUCUGUUUGCUUCUUGAAGUUUUUAAGAACAUUUGUAAAUGUUUGAGGAAAUAGUGUAUUUUAAUAAUUUUGUUGUGCUCUGGUACUGUAUUGUACUGUUCUGUUUGUUUUGUUGGAUUUCAUUUGAAAUGUGUAAAUUGUUUGAUCUUAUUUAUUUGUAUUGUUUUGUUUAUUAAAAGUCAUUGUUUCCU